CAGGCUGCCAGAGCACGUGAGUUCCACGCCACUAAAUUAACUCAAAUUUUAUUAAUUAAUUUAAUUUGUAAUUCAAAUCCCGGUGGUCUUAAAUUUCAUUAAAUUUUUGAAUUAAAAAAUUUUUUUUAAUUAUAUUUUUUUAAGUGAUAAAAUCAAGUGCAAGUGAUUGGUGAACAUGAGGCUGUAUAUUAUUAUUUCGUGUUUAAUUUUAAUUGUUAAUUCCUAUCCUCUGAGGGAUGAAUAUAAUUCAGAGGCAUCAGAUCAUUAUUUGACUUUGGUAAAAGAAAACAAUGAUGCUGCUUUAAGAAGUAAAAGGACUGUUGGAGUUUUACGUCAAUUUUUUCCCGAAAUAACUGAGAACCAGCGGUCACAGCAACAACAGGAUCUGGAUAUAGCAGGGUCAGAGAACAAGGAAGUAAGAGUGGCGUUCGAGGAUACCGAUCAAUCAAUAAACGAAGCUGGCGCGGAUUUGUCUUCGCUGGACAACAUCGAGGUCGGAGACGACGAGAAUCGAAACAAAAGAUUUAGCGGCGGUAAUGGAGAAUCUGGAGGCAGUGGCGGUGGAUCUGGAAAUUUUAUUUUUGACAUUAUCAGACUAAUUGCAGGCAGUGGAUCGCCACCAAGUGACGACAGUUCACCCCACGGAAAACACGAUCUUGAAGAAGCUGUCCCUGGACCAGCGACGCGAUUUUUAGUUAUUGCUAACCGAGGUCUUUCAAAUCUUAUCCAAGAUCUCAUACUGCGUAUUGCGGCAACGAGCGAGCGGUUCGUCAACUUCAAAGCGCGACUGAUAACUUCCAUCAUCUGAGGAAGCCAGGGGGCUGUGUAUAAACAGCUCAAGAGGACAGAGGAUAGAUAAUAACUUUUUUUUAUUUAUGGAGAGAUUGUCAGAUCGCAGGUACGACGUUGACUACUCGCCGUCCCUUGUUCCUGGGAUCUUCGCCUCAACAGGUCCAUCAGCUAUAAAUAAAUAAAUAUUUAAAUGCCUGCCAUUUUUUAUACGGUAAUAAAUUUCAAAUAAAAAAAAAGAAAAAAAUACAGAAAAUAUGUUAGAUAAAAUAAAUAAUGUACAUAUAUAGAUAUAUAUGGAAAUUCAUGUGUCACUGCCUUUCUCUUUUUUACUUUAAUAUAUUAGUUGACAAUUUUUAAUGGCGAUCACCUGAGUUUCGUCAAUAUAACUAGUAAUUAGUUAAAUAUAUGCUCAAAAUAAUUUUAUUUUAUAUUUUUGUUGAUUAUAUAAAUUUUAUUUUUAUGUAUCAUUACCUCGGGGAUUUUUUUACCGGAGACGUAGGUUGUAUUA